AUGGCUUGCUCGUCCAAGGCUACAAACCACUCCCCCAAUAAAUGGUUAUGGAAGUCAGACCCCAAAAAUGUAACUUCCUUGGUGGUUAUGGAAGUUAACUCUGAAUCCUCCGAACUCCACAAUGGUAGGAGAGGUAACUGCCUCAGACAAGCACUAUAUGAGGGCUCUUCUACGGGAAGGCAAACAUAUAAAGGUGGGGGUAUUAAUAGGAUGAAACAACACUUUACAGGGAUAAAAGGUGAUAUUGGAUCGUGUAAAAAGGUAUCUCAUGAUGUGAGAUACCAAAUGUUGGAAUAUUUGAAGGAGUUUGAGUUGAAGAAAAAAGUUGAGAAACAACGUCAAGAAGAAAUGUUUAGUGUGCCUUCCACAAAUAGUGAUAUGAAAGAAGAUGAAGAUGUUCAAGAAGUAUUUAGUAGUAGGUUGCCUAAAAAACUUGUUUUAGGUAAAAGAAAGGGUACAAAGCCAAUGGAUAAUUACUUUGCUCCAAGAACUACUCCAAGAGCUCAACCUGGUCUUAAAAAUGUGUUCGAAAGCAAAGAAAAUGUGAGGCAAGCUGAUAUGGCUAUUGUAAGGUGGAUGUAUGACACUUGCAUUCCUUUUAAUGCAGUGAAUUCAGUGUACUACCAAAGGAUGAUUGAUGCCGUAGUUGCUGCUGUUCCUGGUUACAAAUGUCCAUCUUAUCAUGCUAUACGGGUCCCUUUGUUGGGGGAUCAAAAGAAAGACGUUCAAUUGUUGGUUGACUCACAACAUAGGCAUUGGACAGAAGUUGGAUGUACACUUAUGGCUGAUGGUUGGACUGAUACUAGACACAGGUCAUUGAUUAAUUUCCUUGUUUAUUGUCCUAGGAGAAUGGUAUUUGUAAAAUCAGUUGAUGCCUCAGAGAUUGUGAAGAGUUCCAGAAACUUGUUUAAAUUGUUUGAUGAAGUAGUGACAUGGAUUGGUCCAAAAUACAUAGUUCACAUGGUUACUGAUAAUGCUUCCAAUUAUGUAUUGGUUGGUAAAUUGUUGUGUGAAAAGUAUAAAACUAUUAGUUGGUCUCUUUGUGCGGCACAUUGCCUGAAUCUUGUGUUGCAGGAUAUGGGAGACAUGCCUCACGUGGAUAGACUCAAAGAACGUGCAUCCAAAGUUACCGUUUUUAUUUAUAAUCAUAUGGCUUUGAUUGCUUGGUUGAGGAAUAGACCUGGUUGGACAAAAAUUGUACGUCCGGGAGCAACAAGAUUUGCUACUACUUUCCUUGCAUUUGGAAGCAUUCAUGUGCAUAAGCAUGACUUGCAAGCCUUAGUGACUAGCAAGUUCUUUGUGGACAAUAGACAAUAG